CAGGGGUGAGUGUGGAGACGAAGAGCCCACAAAAAUGGCAUGAAAGAGGCAGGGUCUUCAGCCUAAAUGCUAACAAACUGGAGAUGCCACCUGGGAGUUCCCCCUCUCCUGUUGCCCCUGGGGUCUCUGGGCCCAGACUGUGCAAAGGCUGUGGUCCGUCGGCCUGAUGGAGCCCAGUGGGGGCAGAGGGGGGACCCCUGAUCUGGAGCCGGGCCCUGCCACCUCCUGCCAGCCAGCCUCCCUCUUCCCUUCCCCAUGCCUGUCACCUUUGAUCUCCUUAUCACCAGCCGCUCUGGUGGGUUCAUUUGGGAGCUGCCCGAGUUAAUGAGUUCUCCGGGCGGCAGGGCCGCACGCCCUCCCGCUGGGGUGAGGACUUCACACCUCCGGGCCCUGUGUUUUGACAAGUGCCUGGGCCAGUGGCUCCUGCUCCCCUGCCCGAGCCUUCCCUCCGCUUGCCAAAGUGUAAGGCUGGGAAAUGAGCCCUGGGCGCCGCCCCUCCCCGCCCCGGAGCCCGCUGCAGCGUACCAGGGUAUCUGUGUGUCUCCGGAGUCCUAUCUGCUGCCAGAAACCCCACCGCUCCUGCCCGGCCCAGCAUGCCAGAGACUGCAGCCUCAGACCCAGUGGGGAUACUGGAGCCACAGUGCAGAGGUGCUCCCCAGCUCGGAGCACCAGGGACCAGGCCCCACCUUCCAUUUCAGUGAUGAAACUCCUCUCCAGAGCUCAGGCCUGCAGCUCAGUGGCUGCCCUGAACUUUGGCAAGAAGACUUGGAGGGGGGCCACCUGAGCAUCUUCUACUAAUGGCCCUGCCUGUCCCCUGUUCAGCUAGGAAUCAGGUCUGUAGUGUGGGCGCCCGCAUUUGCGAGGUCAGUGGUUUUCAGACUUUCCUUUAGCCCAGGAUCCCUUUUCCAAGUGAUGCCUUUCGUAGAAGCAGUGUUUGGUGACCUCCCUGGCUGGCGUGGGGGCUGGGGCAGUGCCCUCUGCUCCUAGGCACCCCCCCAAAAUGACCAGCGCCCUGAAGAGCACAGCCCGAGCUGCAGAAACACCCCA